AUGUUUCAUCAAUGGCAACAGCAUGACCCUGAGCAACGGUCCCGUGUGGCAAGGACGCGGACAGGGUGUCUGACAUGUCGGCGGAGAAAGGUCCGCUGUAACGAAGUCCGCCCCAAAUGUGGACAUUGCUCUCGACUACGUCUUUCAUGUACUUGGCCACCGGAUUCUGCUUUUGAUGUGCCGGGCACUACUAAAGUAUCAAAGGCGAAGAAGUCGAAGCAAGAUAGUCGAGACAAGCGACAGUCACAACAACAAGGGCAACCACAACCGCAACCAAAGUCGGGAUCACAAUCGCCACAGAAACAGCAACGGCUUAUACCAGUGCAAGAGGAAGGUGCACAAUCGCCCUCUUCAAGAACGUCACUGUUGGCACAAUCAGAACCGCAAACACACGCACAACAAUUUAUUCCAGAAGCAGACUUCAACGAAAUCUUCAACUAUGCAAGCUUCCUCUGGGACAACGACUCCCCUACGAUCUCCUUUCCCACGGGCUCAUCGCCCUUGGACAGCCUGAGUACUCCACAUGAUCAACUACAACUAACCAUGCCUCUAGCUGUCUCUGAGACCAUGAAGAGAACGGCGUCAGUAGUCGUUCCCCCUUUGUUCAUGAGUGAUAGAUGGGCUAGUGAUAACGGGGACUUCAUACCUGCUGCUUCUGGUGUCAAUGUCACCGAGUCCGAGUUAUCGGAUUUCUUUGCUCGGUCUACGGCGCCACCGAUUUUGGCUCCAUUGGAGACAAGCUCCCGAUGGUCCCGGAUGAGGAAAAUGCUGAUUUAUAUGUGCAAAAAGUCAGAGAUGGUCAAGAACGCUGUCAUGGCGUUUGCUGCCCUGCAAUUCGAGUCGCCACGUUCAGGCAGCCGAACCAUACACACCCAAUAUUAUACUUUAUCACGAGAUAUGCUCACUAAAAUUAUUACCGAGGUCUCCAUGGACCAAAAACUUCUCGUAGUCGAAUUGAGACACAUAUUGGCUACUGUGUUUCUGUUAACUUAUAUUGAUCUUCUCGACGAUGAUGUGUUCAAGGCACACGGCAACCUGCGGGAUGCUUUUCAUGUGAUUCAACGGGUUCGAAAUGAGAAUCUUAGUUUAACAGAGAAAUGCUUAGUAUCGUGGUUGCGACUUCUGGAUGGCCGUGCAGUUAGUGCUGGAGGAGAGGGACUCUUUCUCGAUGAAGACGAUAACAAUAUACCACCGGAUAUGGAAUCGCCUCCGGACACUGUUGGUGGUGGUCUAGAAAACGCAGAGACUAUUUUAGAAGACGUUCUUACUCGCCCAGCCUCGUCCUUCUUCCAAAAAGUACAGUCCUUCAUGGGGCGAAUUUCACGAAUCGACCCGUGGCACCGCUCGCGCGGUACUGUGGACGAUGAGACCGAUGUCAUGAUUAUUGCUCAGAAAAUUAGCAAGGAUAUCAAAGCCCUCUGGCAUCAACGACCGUCACUUAUGGACCAUGCCAUUGCGUGCAAGCUAGUGCCGCCGUUGCUUUCUCCAUCGUUGGCAAACACACUAUCAAGGGCAUUGAUGGUCUGCUACGCCAAUUAUCAUGCUUCUUUUGUGCAUCUGCAUCGCGUCGCAUAUAAGAAUCUUCCACGAACACCAGAUCUCGAAACAGCUCUCUGCGCUAUCCAGAAAGUCACAGAAAACCUAAUGCGCACACCUCACAGCGCCACAGAUACAACAACAACAACAACGAACUCCAUGGAGACCAUUUCUGGAUUUACUUCCAGCUCCCCCUUGCCAAUCAACAUGCUCUGGCCUCUCUUGAUGCUCGGCGUAGAAUCGGACGAUGCACACCAACGGGCAUGGGUGGUCGCAGCAAUGAAAAGCAUGGAGAGUAUUGUUUCCAAUGCUGGGAUUACAGCUGAUGUCCUUGAAGAGGUGAUAAGACGACAGGACGAGGCCGGGCAGAGGAUGGAUAUUCGACAGGUUAUGCACGAUACUUUCACGAGGGCUUUUGCUAUUGUCUAA